UUGCGCGUUCCUUUCCAUCCGCGUGCCCGUGGGUUAGCCUGCGUGUCUACAUUGAGGGGAUCCAUCAGGAAGAGAAAUGCCGACAAAAAUCAUCUUUGAAGCCGAAGAUCAAGCUAUGGAAGACGACGUGGACACUGUUGUGGAGGUGGCGACCCUGAAGACCAAGGAGGGCAAGAAGCUGAAGAAGAAGAAGCAGUUGGAGGACCAGGAAGAACAGGACGACCCAGACUGUGAACCUCCAGCACCAAAGAAGAAAAAGAAAAAAGACAAGCUGGCAGUGGACCAAGUGAACGGCCACACAAAUGAGGCAACAGACAUGAACGGCAACAGUAACGGUGUUGAAACACCAAAGAAGAUGAAGAAGAACGCUGAAGGAGAUACAGAGAAAAAAAAGAAGAAGCAAAAGAAAGCAAUUGCAGAGGCAGAAACCAACGGACAUUCCACCCCAAACACCCCUGUUCAGACACCCAUCCAGACACCCGCCCAGUCAAGUGAAGACUCUGCUAGCAGCGACAGCGAAAAAGAAACGGAGGAGACACCGGAGCAGAAAGAAGGGGCCUUCUCUAACUUCAGGAUCUCUGAAGUCACCAUUAAUAAACUUAAAGCUCGGGGCGUCUCUUACCUGUUUGACAUUCAGGUGAAGACAUUUAACCCGGUGUAUGAUGGAGAGGAUGUAAUUGCCCAAGCCCGAACAGGAACAGGAAAGACUUUCUCAUUUGCCAUCCCUUUGGUGGAGAAGCUCCAGAAGGAAACAGUGCAGUUCGCCAGAGGCAGAGCUCCCAAGGUCCUGGUGUUGACUCCAACCAGAGAGCUAGCCAUCCAGGUCGCAAAGGACUUCAAAGACAUCUGCAAGAAACUGUCUCUCGCCUGUUUCUAUGGAGGCAGCUCAUACAACCCACAGCUGGAUGCUAUCCGCAAUGGUAUCGAUAUAUUGAUUGGCACCCCUGGUCGCAUCAAAGACCAUCUCCAGAACAACAAACUGGACCUCUCUAAACUGAAACACGUUGUUCUGGACGAAGUGGACCAAAUGUUGGACAUGGGUUUUGCAGAACAGGUUGAAGAGAUUUUAUCUACAUCAUAUCAGAAAGAAUCCGAGUCCAACCCACAGACUCUUCUGUUUUCGGCCACCUGCCCCCCCUGGGUCUACGAUGUUGCCAAGAAGUACAUGAGACCAGACUGCAAACAUGUUGAUCUGAUUGGCAAGAAAACACAGAAAGCUGCAACAACUGUUGAACAUCUGGCCAUAGCGUGCCACUGGUCCCAGCGUGCGGCCGUGAUCGGGGACGUGAUCCAGGUUUACAGCGGCAGCCACGGCAGAACCAUCGUCUUCUGUGAGACAAAGAAAGACGUCAACGAACUUUCCAUGAAUGCAUCCAUCAAACAGAGUGCCCAGUCCCUCCAUGGUGAUAUUCCUCAGAAACAGAGAGAGACGACGCUGAAGGGCUUCAGGAAUGGAGCUUUUGAGGUUCUGGUUGCCACUAACGUUGCAGCCCGUGGAUUAGACAUCCCUGAAGUCGACCUGGUGGUCCAGAGUUCUCCACCAAAGGAUGUGGAGUCAUAUAUCCAUCGUUCAGGACGUACGGGCCGAGCAGGCCGAACUGGAGUCUGCAUCUGUUUCUACCAGAGAAAAGAGGAAGACCAGCUGCGCUACGUAGAAAACAAAGCGGGUAUCACAUUCAGACGAGUUGGCGUUCCCACCGCCAAUGACAUCAUCAAGUCAUCAAGCAAAGAUGCUGUCAGGUUUCUGGAUUCUGUUCCAACUACAGCCAUCGCGUACUUCAAAGCGUCAGCUGAGAAGCUGAUUGAGGAGAGAGGAGCCGUAGAAGCACUAGCUGCUGCCCUGGCACAUAUUUCUGGAGCCACAAGUCUGGAGCAGCGGUCUCUGCUCAACUCUGAUGCUGGUUACACCACUAUGCAGAUGGUGUGUUCUCAGGAGAUGCAUAAUCUGGGUUACGCCUGGAGAGCCAUCAAGGAACAGCUUGGAGAAGAGUUCGAGAACCACAUUCAAAGAAUGACCUUCCUCAAAGGCAAAACGGGAGUUUGUUUUGAUGUCCCAGCUGACAAAGUCAAGGAGGUUCAGGACGGCUGGAAGGAUGGCCGCCGCUGGCAGAUAUCCGUGGCUACAGAGCUCCCAGAGCUGGAAGAGAAGCAGUUCAAUAACCGUGACAGAGGGUUUGGAGGUAAUCGAGGAGGAGGCUUCAGAGGGGGACGAGGGAGGAGUUUUGGGGGAAACGGCGGUCGCAGUAACGGAUUCCGGAGUGGCGGCGGUGGUGGAGGCUACGGCAACAACAGAGGAGGACAUAAACGCAACUUCAGUCAAGCUUUCGAUUAUUGAAGUGGCAACCUCUGGACUGAUAACACGGACUGUCACUCAUCUGGGCUGGCAGGGUUUGUCCUGGCUGUCAGUGAAGGGGAUCAGUGCAAAUUCAUCAUGGCACAAACUGAAUUGUAACCUUCAAAUAUUCAUAACGUUCAUAUACAGAACAUUAAAUGACCAACGUCCCCUCUCUGGAAAUAAAGUAAAAAUUUCAUUUUAUCAGAUUUUUAAAUUUAUUUCCAAGUAGCUAUUCCUACUUGUUUUCAGACUUUCUGAAAACUUUCUGAACAGUAUAUUUAGGAACACUGGCAGCCAUCUUGUGAGGCCUUAUGUGUGCUUCUUUUAGGUGACACGAUAAUUAAAACUCAUGAAAUGACAUUUUUACUACAUGAAUUAGUGCGCUAUUCAUAUGUCUUGAAUGGCAAAGGAACAAGUCAACUUCAAGUAAAAUAUAGGCAUUAUAUGAAGAUGUGACAUGAUUGAAUGAAUUAUGUGUCAUCAAUUGAGUUUUGGGUAAAGUGUUAAUCUUUUUGUACUUAGUGUUUGGGGAAUGGUAACAGCAAUCAGAAUUGAGCCUUAGUCCAAAAUAUAAGGGACCUUACUCUGGCCUAACAACUUGUAAACAUGCAAGUUUGUAGAACCACGGAGGUGCACUGUACUGCAGACACUGUCAUGUGGGAGGUGCUGUGUUUCUGCCAUGAAAUGGGUGUUAACCUUUACAGUUGUGCUCAGUGUCAGAUUGCUGCCUUACCCUCAGCUGAAACCUCUCUCCCCAAAGAUGUAUUGGAUGAUUGCUUUGCAAUUGCCUCUAUUUAAUAACUGUAUCUACUUCUUCCAUUCAUUUGAAUGAAAAGACUUAUUCAUUAAAAAAAGGUCAACUCAG